GAUAGUAUUUUCCACAGACCAUACAAUACGGUACAAUCGACAUACAAAUUCGUCGUUUCGAUCGAGAAAGACAAAAAUAUAUUCUUUAAACCAGCCGUGCAAUUCGCUUUGUAUUGAUUUGGAAACCGAGAACACACGAUGGUGACUGCACUAGAAAUCAUUAAGGACAACACCGAGCUGGACUACCCGGACGCGUUGCUGGCUGCGUGGGCAGAGAUCAUGGAACCAAUCGAGGUCGAGGAUGGCCACAUAUUCAUCAAGGAAGGGGAAGGUAAGUACAAGUCGCGGUUCUAAACACGCCAUGCCAUUGACAUGAAUGUUUACCUGAGAAGAGGAAAGCAACAACAAAAACUUAAAACCAUGUGUCCGUCUCUUUCACAUACACGUGUUUCCUUCGUGUUUCCCAACAUCCCGUCCCAUGGAAGUCAUCAAAAAUAUUGUGUUUGUCGAAAAUGGGAAGCUGGUCCGCACCAAGCUCAGUGUCCCCGAAGAAGAACGGGCUGGGAUUCUCGAAGCGGGGCUCGAGAAGAUCCGGGAAAACUCGAUUAAGAUCGACGAGGUGCUUCCCGGGACGACUCCGACGGGGGUUUGGCAUAGCUUCGAGGCGGAUCGCGCGGCCUUUGCCACUGUCGCAUCCUCUGGGCCCUGCAAGAUAUGGCUCAUGCCCUCGGAGAAAUUCCGCGCGGUGAUCUCCCGACCGGAGUUCAGCAUGGUGGUAAUGGCGGCCAUGGCCAACAGGAUCCGGGUAGGAAGCAAGUCCAUCCGGAAUCUCCUCGAAAAAGUGAAAGACGGGGCGUCGAAAGACAGCUGCGAGAACGUUAUCAAAAUGCUGUCGUACGAUUCCACGUCGUGGGUGGUCGAAAAUUUUGAUGCCGCCCUGGUUAAAUUCAACGAAGACAACAAGAACGAUCUGAAAAUCGAGAUCGAUUAUACUUCCGAGCGUCUUUCGUCCAAGACCGCUCAUUACGCUUGUGGUGAGAAGACGUCGAUUGCAAUGGAAUUGUGUCGUUCGAAAUCGAAUCGACCUGAUACGUCCCUCACCUUGCUUUGAUCGUUUUGGUUUCAAACAGGCUACGAUGUUGUGUGCCUGUUCGUGAACGAUACUGCGAACGCCGAUACCAUCAAGAUUCUUCGCAAGUGCGAAGUGAAAAUGAUCUGCAACCGCUGUGCCGGGUUCGAUCGGAUCGACACAAAGGCCGCUCUGGCAUAUGGUGUCUCCCUGGCCCGCGUUCCUGCCUACUCUCCCUAUGCCGUCGCCGAAUUUGCUGUUUCAUUGCUCAUGGGCAUCAACCGAAAGAUCGCCAAGGCGUCAACCCGUGUCAAGUAAGCUUUGUUGCGCUUCGACCCAACCAUGCAGGUUUUGGCCCUUGAUUUACUCACCACUGAUUUCAUCGUAUCCUUUUUCAAAAACAGGAUGUCCAAUUUUUCUCUCGAUUCUGGUCUAAUGGGUACCGAUAUCCACGGAAAGGUAAGCAUGUGACUUUUUUUCAAUUUCUGCCUUGUACUGUCGACGGUUGCCGAGUGUCGCCUUUUCUCACGCUGUAUUGUCGUGUGGAUGUGGCAAAACAAAUCGAAUGCUGCAGACGGUCGGAGUCAUGGGGACCGGAAAAAUUGGUCAGAUUUUGUGCAACAUCAUUAAAGGAUUUGGGGCGAACCUCAUAUGUUUCGAUGUAUUCGAAGCGGAUGCAGUCAAGGAAAUGGGUGGCAAGUACGUUACCAAGGGAGAACUCUUUGCACAAUCUGACGUUAUCUUUUUGAUGAGUAAGUGAGGCACAUCUCUGUAUGUUGGAUUAGAUAGUUAUUUCAAAACCAAUCGUUUGUGCCGUAAUUCACCACGAUUCCUCGUUUUUCUGCCACUUGUUCUAUGGCGACAGUGCCCCUUCUUCCGCCCACGAAGCACACCAUCAACGCAGACAUGCUCCACCUGUUGAAGCCCGGCAUGCUUCUCAUCAAUUCCUCACGCGGCGGGCUCGUGGACACAAAGGCGGUCCUGAAGGGGAUCCAGGACGGAAUCAUUGCGGGGUACGGUGCGGAUGUCUACGAAAAUGAGAGCGACUAUUUCUUCCAGGAUUGGUCCGCCAAGGCCGUUCCCGAUCCUACCCUAGUGGCCCUAAUGGGAUCCAACAAUGUUCUCUUGACGGCCCACCAGGCAUUCUUCACGCAGGAAGCCGUCGACGCCAUUGUAAACACCACCCUCUCGAACGUGAAACUUUUUACCGAGGGAAAAACAAUGUAUGACCACCCCAACAACUUUUUGCCGCGUCGUAACUAACAUGCCAUUGGUCGGAUUGCGAAGCAUUCAUCUGUAAUAUGAGUUAAUCUAUUUUUGAAUUUGGCUUUGAUGUACCGUAAUUACGAAACUCGGCAUCGCAAACAUCGUUGCGUGUUUCGUCAUCGAUGGAAUGCAAUGUGAUGUCGAUCACGUGCGCUGCGUGUAUCACAAUGAUAAUGUAACCUGUUCCUUUCGCGAAGACCCAAUGAUCUGUAAGAAAAGGCCGCUGAUUGGCUAAACCAUGAACCUGAAUUGUUCCUGCAGGCAGGAGGUUUCUGGGCUUUAGCUAAGAGUAGUGCGGAUCUAGGGAUCGGAGCGGAGAUGAAGAUGAAUCCUCAAGCUUGGCUAGAGGGAGUUUUUCUUUGAGGAUAAAUGUAGUGCGCAAAU